AUGUUCAAGGCGAACCCGUUCGACGAGAGUGUCUCUGCUGCGACAAGCGAAAUACUUACAACAGAAAACUGGGCGCAAAUAACCACUGUCUGCGAGAAAGUACAAGAAGGAGGGGAACAAGGUGCGAGAGACUGUGUCGCUGCCAUUUUGAAGCGUUUAGCACAUAGGAGUGCUAACGUACAGUUAUCUGCUUUGACACUAUCAAACGCUAUAGUCAGGAGUUGCGGCCAUGAAGCUCAUAAAGAAUUAUGCAGUCGGUCAUUUACGCAGUCUUUAACAAGAUUAUUAACCGACAAGAACACAAACGAUACAGUGAAAAAUAGAACAUUAGAACUUAUUCAAGAAUGGACGGUUGAAUUCCGCUCCGAGCCUUCCCUUGGGCUUAUGGAAGAGACGAUGAACAAACUGCGAAUGCAAGGAUUUUCAUUUCCAUCUCCAGAACGACCGAAGAAAGAGAAUAAGGACGAGAAGAUGAAAAGGCAAAUGCAAGAGGAAGAAGACCUGCAGACAGCGCUUGCAAUGUCAAUAUCUGAGACUCAAAAAAAGGAAUCAGCUUCUACCGGAUUGUUAACGGGCGUGGCAAAGAACGAUGGUUCAAGAGACCCACCAGUUACAAGAGUCAGAGCACUCUACGACUUUGCACCAUCUGAAUCUAGCGAACUUGGUUUUUCUAGGGGAGAUGUUAUUACUGUACUCGAUAGUGUCUACAAAGACUGGUGGCGGGGCGAACUGCGUGGGCGUACCGGUAUAUUUCCAGUAAACUAUAUUGAGAAACUCCCUGACCCUACACCUGCAGACUUGGCACGGGAAGCGGAAGUUGAAACUUCCGUAUUCGCAGAGUCAAAAAAUAUUGAAAAAUUACUACAAAUGUUAUCAAUCAUUGAUCCAAAUAGGGAUAGUUUCUCAGAGAAUGAAGAGAUUCAAACCCUGUAUCAUUCAACUUUGGCGGUGCGUCCGAAGUUGGUGAAGCUUAUUGAAAAGUAUAGUCAGAAAAAAGACGAAUUAAUCGCUUUGAAUGAGAAAUUUACGAAAGCAAGAGCGACUUACGACAGGCUGCUGGAAGUGUCUAUCGACAGAUACAAGUACAAUACACCAUACGGCUAUAGCGCAUCGACAGAUGCGUAUUCUCCGUAUAAUACAAUAACGAAUUCAGCAUACCCUACACCACCGCCAACCACUCAAUACGAUACGUCAGCUACCUACGCUCAGUAUACGUCUUCCCAAACCUCAAUAUAUACUCCUCCCGUUCAGCCGGAUUCUCGUCAGGGCGCGUAUUACUCUUCACAACCGCAGCAUUCACUUCCAUAUCCACCUGCUACCCAGGAUAAACCUCGACAGGUCCCUUAUGAGGCACAAUCUCUAUAUGGUACCGCACCACCAGUAGACGUGUCAGCUCAGGCAGUUCCCUAUGUGGUGGGUACUUAUCCGCCCAUUACGAAUCGAGACCAGCCUCAAAACACAGCAUACGCUUCACCUGUUCAGCCAGAUCUUCAUAAGCUUCCGCGUCAAGACACAUACGAUACGCAACCUCCGUAUAGUGCCGCUCCAUCUGUGGACGCAUCCGCUCAGGCAGUCGCAUAUACUUCUCAGCAAGAAUAUCUGUAA